AUGGAAGAUCAACAACAUGCAGAGGAUAUUGCCACGCAUGGUCCAUCGAAUGCCCAAGAGGAUACCAGCCAGAAAGAAAAAUUUGCUUCCCCUUUGCCAAUAAGCAAUAAAACUGCAAAAUCAAAUGAACCAUCUACUGCGUCGAAUGAAACCGCAGUUGCAUCUACUUGCAAUGAUUCCACUUCCCACCAUGUUAGCAAAGAAAAUAAUAAAUCGUCUCUAACCAGGGAUAAAAUCAUCAAAAAUAUCCCUUAUGACGAACCAAUUUGGAGUGGAAUAGCUGAUAAAAAUUAUACUUUAGAGGUGUUAAAGAAUGGAUGUAUUGUGGAUAUUUGGAAGUUAAAUGAUAAAGCUUAUUAUAUAUUUGGUCGUUCACCUGUAUGCGACUUUGUUCUGGAUCAUCCUUCUGUUUCUCGAUGUCAUGCAGUCUUACAAUUUCACAAAUAUAAUCAUGAUGACGCUGGUAAAGUUGGUUUUUACAUGUACGAUUUGGCUAGCACACAUGGAUCACAAAUAAAUAAAUCACCUGUCGAACCACGUCGUUAUUAUCGUUUGAGAGUGGGUCAUAUGAUAAAAUUUGGUAGUAGUUCUAGAGUUUAUAUUCUACAGGGCCCUAGCGAUGAUCAAGAGGAAGAAAUUUAUGUUUCUGAUAGUAGGAAAGCGGUAAAACAAAUAAUGAAUGCAGAAGAGGUCGAAGAAUGGAAACACAAACAGGAGAAAGACCGAAAGGGAGAUUCAAGAAAAGAGGACAAGAACGAUGUUACAUGGGGUAUUGAUUUUGGUGUUGAAGAGGAAGACGCAGAUAUUGAUAUCAUCGAAAAGGCUCGUACAAGUCAUGAUGAUGAUAGUUAUUUUGUUAAGGAUCCUAAAAAGGCAUUAAGGCAUUUCUUCGAAACAGCAGGUGUUACAAUGGAGUAUGAAGUUUGUGAGAGUGGAACUCCACGUAAUCGAACUUAUCAAGCUAGAAUCAAAUUGCCUGUAGAAACUAGCGAAGGUAACUGCAUAUAUGGUGAAGGAACAGCAGAAAAGAAGAAGGAUGCAGUGGUGGCUUGUGCGUUGGAUGGUUGUCGAAUCCUAGAAGCCUAUGGAAUGCUGCGAUCAUCUGUUUCUAUAAAAAGAAAACGAAAAAACUGGGAAGACAAUGAUUACUAUGACAGUGAUGAAGAUAACUUUCUUGAUAGGACAGGAGAUUUGGAAAAUAAGAGGAUAGCAAGAAUGAGACGAGCUGGAAAAAUUACUGAGGAAGCAGAAACAUUUCAAUCAUUGAGUCUAAAACUAAAGGAGAUACAAGAUGAAAUGAAUAGGCUGCGAUCUAAACUAAACUCUGCUAAAGGCCAGCAACAAACUUCCGAAGCUGAUUCUUUAGAUGCCUUCAUGAAUAACGUUUCAAAUACCUUGGAUGCAAGGGCAAUUACGUCAAUUAGACUUCACUUGUCCGAUCUUAGAAAGAAAGAAGAAAAACUAAUCAAAUUAGUAGAGAUUGCGCGCCCCGCGGAACUACCAGAGUACCUACAACUAAAGAAAACUACUGAUUCAAAAGGAUUACCUGCAUCUCCAAAUCGAAAGCCUGACGGCACUGACGAAGCAGACAAGGGCACGCCUGUGGAUCUGAAAUCUAAAGUCAAUGAAAAGCCAUCCGUGAAAGUGUCUUCCGUUGCUCAGAAUGUUAGUUUAAAAGCAAAGGGUGUUCAAUUCCUUGGUGCACACCCGUCCAAGAUGACUGGUCCGAAAGUGAGGGAUGACGAUGAUGAUGAUAUUGUAGAGUUUGAUAGUGAAAGUGAUAGCGAGGAACCAAAAAAAGGUGCAACUAGUAUGGAGACAAAUAAAACAGUGGAUGAUGCAAGACAAUAUUCCGUGAGACUUCCUGAUCGUGAACUCUCACUUAAAGAGGUGGAGAUAACCACAAUUAAUCAAGAAUUAGAUGAUAGCUCGAAUAAUAGUCGAAAUGCUGGUCCGUCACAACCAUCUCAGAGGAAUGAUGAUGAUGAAUGUAUUGAUUGGCUACCUCCAGAAGAUCAAUUUGGCGACGGAAAGACUAGUCUAAACACAAAAUUGGGCUACUAAUCGAUAAUGUGUAUGGAUAUCUAGAUACCAAGGCGGGAUUAUGUUAGAGUUGUUGCGUAAAACUAAAUUUUUAUAAGGA